CUUUUUCUACAUUUUUUUUCUGGGCUCUUCUCUCUCUAUCUUUCUUCUUCGUUUAUUGCUUUGAGAGUUAGCUAUAUCUCUCUCUCUCUCUCUCCGAAAAUCUCGUCCUUCUCAUCGAUCGAUUGAUAAUGGGUCCGAUUGUGUUGACUCAGUUGGCUACCGGGCUUAGCGUGUUGGCCGGAGCGGCUUUGGUCAAAUCGGUGAUGGACCAGAACCCCAUGGCCGGCGGCUCAUUUCCGAGGUGUCCCAGUUGCAAUGGAACCGGACGGGUUUCCUGCUUUUGCUCGAAAUGGUCCGACGGCGACGUCGGUUGUCGGACCUGUUCCGGGUCGGGUCGGAUGGCGUGUAGCAGCUGCGGUGGAACUGGUACGGGUCGACCCCUUCCGGCCCAAAUUAGUGUUCGGCGUUCGAACAAUUCUUCGUGAUGGAUGGGUUUGUAGAUUUCUUUAGUUCGCUAUAUACAAUCUAAUCUUUUCUCUCUUUUUUUUUUUUUUUGUUUAAAUUAAUUCUGUAAUAUAUAAGCUGAUGAUACUUUGAGAGAGGCAGAGGAUGAGAGAUUUGCUAGGCUGUAAUGACCUCAAUUGUUGAAAUGGGACAAUAUCACAUAUAUAUAUUUAGUGGUAGAUAUUGAAAA